CAUCUAUGAUGCCACUUAAGUAUACCAUCAGUGAUGUUACGUAUUGGAGUGAUUCAGGCACAGUGUAUGGAUGUGCAGACUUUAGUGGUCGUGGUGUUGACUUGACUUUGGUCGUAUUAAUACCUCCUAUCAUUGAACAUGGCCCCGAACCAUACGUGAAGUCGGGAUUGCAGGGGAACAAAACUCUGCGAUGUUCUGCAUAUGGAAACCCGGAUCCAUACAUAGAAUUUGAACGAGAAGGACAAACUGUACGAUCGAAGGUGUUUGCAACGGUCAAGAACAGUACGGUAGCAGGGAAACAAAUUAGAAUUAUAGAGAAUACCUUUGAUGUGGCCAUUAACUCAACAGCAGACUAUGGCAAUUACACGUGCGUUGUCAGCAACUCACAGGGAAACGUGACAAGAGUUAGCUUUGUAGCACCUCAAGAGUCUCCCCAAAUUUUGUCGAUUACUCGCUUGCCAAUGCCUGUAAAAGUCGGCUCUCGUAUUUCCCUGUCAUGUGCUGCAAGUGGAGUUCCCGUACCAGCAAUAGUUUGGUUACUUCCCAAUGGGUCAUCUCGUUCAAGUCGAAACGUCACCGAGCGUGGUCGCAACGUGAGCAGUCAACUUGUUCUAAAGUCGGCUCAUUAUGAAGAUGCAGGGCGAUAUGAAUGUGUUGCGGCAACAGGAAAGCUGUUUAAAGAUAGAGCACAAACUAUAGUCAGUGUUACAGACAUACCGCAGCCUCCAACAAAUAUCUCAAUUGUCAAUAUUACAUCUACGUCUUCUGUGCUAACAUUUGUGUUGGGAUUUGAUGGAAUGUCUUCUAUACUCUAUUCUAUGGCUGAGUUGACCGACCAUCGGUCAUCAAUAAUACGAGUCAUCCGAGCUUCUAACACAAACAACACAGUAGCAUUGAAUCGGCUAAUGGCAUACUCGAGCUAUAGCGUUCGCAUUUACUCAAGGAAUGGUAAUGGUAAGAGUGCGAAGUCUUUAGCAGUGAACUUUACGACAGACAUAGCAGUUCCUGCUGAAGUGCCAUCUGGUUUGACGGUCUCUGUUCUGAAUUCCACGUCUGUGCACGUUCAGUGGCAUGACAUACAAAAAUCCAGUUGGAAUUCACCCACAAGAGGAUUCGUGGUUCAAUACAAUUCCCAAUAUUCUUGGAUUAAUCAAACUAAUAGAGCGGCUGUCAAUUUUUCGGUCAUUAUUUCUGAUCUUGCUCCGUAUACGUAUUACAAUUUCUCGGUCGGUGCUUUCAAUUCAAAAGGCCGAGGCAACUUUUCAGACGAAGUUGGUGUGAGAAGCAGUGAAGCUGUGCCAAGUAGUCCACCCACUGGAUUGUGGGUUAAUAGAAAAACUUCUCGGUGGGCAGUUAUACAAUUUGAAGCUCCACCACUUUGGUCUAUUAAUGGAAUUCUUCAAGGAUUCAUUACUAUUGUACGAGAAGUAGAGAGAGAUGUCAUUGUUUAUAACAACACGGUAAAUAAGACGAAACUAACCGCCGACAUUAUUGAACUUGAACCGUUCACAAACUAUUCGAUUCAAGUUGCUGCUUAUACUCAACCAGGUCAUGGUCCGUGGAGCAUUCCUAUUUUUCUGUUGACCGAUGAAGAAGAGUCGGGGCCUCCAACUUGGGUACAAGCAUAUGCAGAUACGGAUGCGUUUACGUUGCAGUGGCAAGCACCCACACUGCCAAAUGGACACAUUACAAAAUAUCUGAUAUUGUAUCAGAAGGAAGGGGAUACUAUGAACAGCUCAAUGUUUGUGAAUAGUGUUUCUGUCGAGGUUAUUCAGCAGACUACUAUACGUGGUAAUCUCAGCUCUGGCACAAACUACACGUUUACUGUUUAUGCAGUCAAUGGCAAGGGAUUGGGUAAACCAUCAAGGAAUCUUCGAGUUAUGGUAACGUCGAUCACAUCACAGGCAUCGACAGAUGCUGCAACAACGAAUGUACCCUUGACCAGUUCUCAUAGUAGUGGACCCUCUGAGGUUAUAACACAAGCAAUGCCCUCAUCCAGUAGUCGUGGAGUUCAUGUAACAAGAGCAGUGCCCUUAUCUAGUAGUGGUGGAGAUAAUGUAAUAAUUGGUGGGGCAAUUGGUGGGGCAAUAGGUUUAGCUCUACUAAUUGUGCUGUUUCUCUUGUGGUUGAUGGGAAAACGACGGAAGCAAAAGCGCAUUACUUUGAAUGAUUCUGUCAUACAAAAUAAAGGUGCUAUAGGAGGUGAUGAACGGGGAAGAUACUCAAGCUGUCCUCCUGUGCUUCCUAUGGUUGAUGUCCCUGAUGAACUGAGAAGCAAAGGGCCACUAGUCAUUGAAAAUAGGGGAUUGAGGGAUUUAAAGAUAGAGCCAACACGCGUUCUAGAAGAAGAGACGUCGUUUCAUGAGAGUGUGGCAUCUGAGUCUGUUCCGCCUAUGCCCAAAAGGAAACCAUCAAAGACUGAAAUAGAAGCUGCAUUAGUAACUAGUGCAAAACGAGCAUCAUCUCCUGACUCAAGCAGCAGCACCACAACAGACGACUUUGUGUACUCACAACCAACCAACACUGUACCACGUGGCAAGAAAACAUCACGGAAAGUAAAGCAUGAUCCAGGGGUUGAUAACAAACAGAUGCCAGACCCGCUUGUAUUUAAGAAUUUCCCACCUUCUUUGAAGAAGAAACCGUUUGAAAGUAAUUACGCUGAACCUCAAGAUUCGUACAUUUCUAGAUCUUUUAGAGAUUCUCAAAAAUCUGCUGAUGAGCCAGGGAAUGGUAACUAUGAAGAAGUUGCCCUACCUCAGAAGUCUAGACCACAUUCUCAAACUCAGCUAGUUUCAAAUAAACAUGCUAAGAAGCUAUCGUUUGUCAACAGAUUGUUUGGAAAGAACAGAUCAAAGUCAGAUUCUGAAAUGAGUGAAACACAGUGUUUAGAAAGUGGUAGGUAUCGCAAAGGGAUGACUCUACCUAGCAGACCACGAAUGGAUUCUAUUGAUGAGCUUCCCCCAUGCGAGAAGUCUGAGCGCUCGUUUUCAACUGGACAACGUACUGCCAAUGGUGGCAGUCAAGCACAUUUGUAUGAAGAUGUAAACACUAAUAGCAGGAUUUAUCAAGAUCUGCAACUAUCAAAAAGUCAGGAAUUACGAGAUAAGGAAGGCUAUCAGUAUACACAUCCUGACUCAAUGCAGCAAACACAAGCAAUACAAAGUAACGAUCAAGGUAUGUCUCACUCUGAUGAGGAAGGUGACAAGUCAUUGUCAUGUGGUAACUACUGUGAUCAACAAGACGCAAUUAGAAAGUAUCCCACAUGUGCAUAUACUGCGGUUGACUUGAACCAAAAGCGUCGUGACCGUAUCGCAAAGACCGAGGAGUCAACACAGCAAGUAAUGCAAGAUACUGAUGCGUUUGCAGAAGAAUCAAAAUCUAGCAGUAGUGAGUCAGCCGAGGAACACACCAACUGCAUCACAAACCCAGCCACAAGUAAGACUGAAGAAUUAAAACAAAUGGAUGAUGGGAAUGAUCCCACUGCUGAGUAGUCACAGUAAACAAGUCAUAGUUGCAGAAAUAUACGCAUGUCUCUUGAAAGUCGGUAGACUAAGUCAAGUCUAAACACAAUGUUUUAGUUGGCCGUAUAUCCUGUUCAGUAUCAUAUUUUGUAGUGCCUUAGUGUUAGAUUCCUAUUUGGUAGAAGAUGUGUAACAGCACCGUAAUGUACAUGUAAUAUAUUGACACACGUGGUUGAUUCACAUGCA